UUCACGUCGAGUUUUUGCCGCGUGCUCACUACCAGUACGAGUACAGCUGGAAUCUAGACGAUACGCGACUUCAGCCUCGCUCAGCCGCUCCAACGCAUCUCAAUGAGACUGCAGAUACCGAGACUUCAGAGACAAGGAUGGAAACCGGACAAUGUUCUAUUGGCGUCUGCUUGCCAUCAGACUCUGCUUCGUCAUUGCGUUUGAGCACGUCGUCUUCGGUGUGUGUCGUCUCAUUGACCUUUGUGUACCGGAUGUGCCUGAGAGCCUCGAACUGAAGAUCAAGCGAGAGCGAUACCUAGCCAAGCAAGCGCUAGCGGACUCCGAUACGAUAAUGAAAGUCGCUCAGCGAACUGAUGACGAUGACGACGACGACGAUGACGAUGGCGAGGCGACACAAGUGCGCAUGCGCGUACCGGACGGGCUCCCGGGAUAGCGACUGCUGUGUAGCUGUGUGUAGAGAUAUAGCGCCACCUAGCGAGCUAGCCUGCCGAUGUACUGCCAUACACGUGUCUGUGUAUAGUGAGUCAUUGUUGCCACCCAUGUUCUUCUGUAUAAAUGUUGUACAUAGCACGACCGCGUAACAUUAUGUGA